UUUGUUUUUAAACUGGAACAUAAUGACAAAUUGUUUAAAAUUAACUUCAAAACAAUGUUAUGGCAAAAAUACCUCCCACAACCUCAGCACAGUCCGUCGUAAAUUACACAAUCGUUUCGUGUGUCGUGACUUGAUUCGACGGCCGGUGAAAGUGCGUCGUCAGUUUUCGAUUGAAAACCCUUAUCAAUCAGUAGUGUUCGAAGGCGUUGAACGUGAUUGAUCUUAAAUUGCCCUUAUUGGCAGCAAAAUCGACAGGAUGUCGCAGUUAACCAAACUUCACAGCGGAAUCUUCCACCCGACCCUGCGGAAACUCCAGUGCCGAGAGGUGGACAUUGCCGCACACAAUCUCAUGUAUCCGGUGUUUCUUGUGGAAGAUGACGAUGCAAUUCAGGAAAUUGCGAGCAUGCCCGGCGUCGCUCGCUACGGAUUAAAUCCGUUGAAGAAACAUCUAAGCCCCUUGGUUGAGAAAGGUUUGAGCUCAAUUUUGCUGUUCGGUGUGACAGAAAAAUUGCCAAAAGACGCAACCGGUUCCAGUGCCGACUCGAAAGACAAUCCGGUAGUGAAAGCUCUGCCAAAGCUGCGUGAAUGGUUUCCGGAUCUGCUGAUUGCGUGCGAUGUUUGCCUGUGUCCCUACACCAGCCACGGUCAUUGUGGGGUCCUGACCGAUGACGGAGUCAUUGACAACGAACCCAGCAUCAAGCGGAUAGCCGAGGUUUCGUUGGCCUACGCACGGGCCGGUGCACACAUUGUGGCACCGUCCGAUAUGAUGGAUAACCGAAUCUGGGCUAUCAAGCAGAUUUUGCGCGAAAAUCGGUUGGAAAAUAGAGUUUCGGUGCUGUCCUAUUCGGUGAAGUUUGCGUCCGGUUUCUAUGGACCGUUCAGGGAUGCAGCCAAGUCGGCACCUGCCUUUGGUGAUCGCAAGUGCUACCAACUGCCGCCCGGUUCGAAGGGACUGGCCAAACGAGCAGCGAAUCGUGAUGUCGAGGAGGGUGCGGAUAUGCUAAUGGUCAAACCCGGUUUGGCAUAUUUGGACAUUGUAAAACAAGUUAAGGAUGACUAUCCGGAACUACCACUGUUUGUGUAUCAAGUUUCUGGCGAAUACUCAAUGUUGCUGAAUGCCGGUAAAAUAGGUGCGUUUGAUUUGCGUACAGUUCUCUGGGAAGUUCUGAUCGGAAUGCGCCGUGCUGGAGCCGAUUGUAUAAUCACGUACUUUACACCAACCUUGCUGGAUUGGUUGAAAGAAUAGUUGAAGAAUUUGUUCGGAACACAGUAUAUUGAUUUGAGUUGGUUAAGGGGUUAGCUUUAAAGCAAUGGUAGAUGAAAUCUUAAUUUUCUUAUUUACUUAAAAAUGUGAAAUUUUCUCAACAUUUCCAA